UCGAAACGUUUUUCACGUAGUAUCAGCCUUGCAGUCUAUUGUUUGUCUUUAUAUUACGUCAUCAGCUCAAGACAGCUGCUGGGGGUCUGGGUUCUACACUGCAUCAAAGAUGGCGGCAUUUCUACAGAAAUAGCUCUUUUGUUGUCAUGGUUGAACCAAUUUACCACCCACACAAAUUGGCUUGAACUUGUCAGUAACUUGGACUAUGCCAAUGACGUAAUUAUGGCCAGCAACAAAUGUAUUUAACGACGGGUCCAGCGAAACGCACAGCAACCUUCUUCGAUCGCGGUCGUUCGGGCUUCUUCGAUUCGAAUGGCGGACGGCGAUGCUGAUUAUUCCCCGAAAAUAGCACGAAAUCUACAAGAAAUUUUGCGGUCAGACCGAUUCGUGAUAGAGUGUUUCAAGGAGAGAAAUCUCAAGAUCUCUCAAGCGUUGUGUCUUUUGUGGCACAACCAAACUUCUGGAGAGGUCCCAGGAAGAAAGUCGAGCGCGCCAUUGUACGGCAAUGUUACAGCCGCUGUGAUUAUUGACUUGUUCGUUCUUGGCAGGGUCAACAUUGCAGAAGUACGAAGAUCGUGCCUGGGCAUUAAAUACAAGACAACGGUUAUCGAGAUCAUUGAUUUCACACCGACAGACUCAUUCCUUGAUAACUGUAUGUUCAAUCAGAUGGUGGAACAUACUCGUAAACAUCCUGACAAACCCAGAAGUGUUGAGGAAUGGAUUCUAAAAGGAUCAAAUUACCACAAGCCCCCUUGUGUUUCAGCUACAUUUGACAGCCUUGUAAAACUUGGAUUGCUGGGGAAAAAACCUAUGUUAAUGGGAACCUGUUUGAAGUACCCUACUUUAAAUUCAGGACCACAGGAUGCACUUGUCAAUGAAAUACAGAUGAUUGCCCUUGCUGGUCAUGCCACAGAUGGUUUCACUUGGUCACUCCUGAAGUUGGCUCGCUUUGCAGACUCCUUAUAUUUGGGUGGAGCACCAAUGCUAAAACACCACUUUAGCAAGGAGGAAUAUGGCGAUGCUAAAAAACGAAUUCAAGAAUUGGUGGAGACAAAGAGACAGGAUGCAAAAGGAAGAAAUGGAAGAGAAGGAAAGGAUCUUGAAUUUGAUAAUUUGUGGGAAUUAGAAUCUUGUAACUAGUACAAAAGGGUUACUACUGACUGUUUUUCUGCAUGUCAAGGUUAUAUUUGAUCAGAUACAGUACAUUUUAGUUUGGAUCCAAGACCUGGCAGUCUUAACAAGUACAAAAUAAUAACGAUUUUGAUUUUCAAAUUUUAACAAGCAUUUUUAUUAUAUCAAAAUAUAAUAAAAUUAUUAAUAACAACUAGUGAAAUUUUAGCGGUAUAGUAAAUAAAUUUAAAUGCUGCAAUCUGAUUGGUUGAGCUAUUAUAAAGUAUUUUAACCAUUAGUGUGCAAUGGAUGGAGAGUGUCCACAUAAUGUCAACAUUCACUCAUUUCUUAGCCACGUUUUGGAGGUCGAUUUAAAAGCAUUACACUGUACUGGAUAAUUUAAUUUCCAAGAAGACUCAAGAAAAGAAAUUGGACGCAAUGUGAUUAUAAAAUCCCAGAAUUGUACAGUAAACUAAUGAACGAGUGCAAAAAGCUGCAAGUUUAAAAGCACAAUUCAAUUUGCGAAUGAUUUUGCCAAAGCGUUAAGUUUAAUACUAGAAUGUAUAUAGAGAAAUAUUUGGAAAUCUUUAUGUGAAGGAAAUUUAGUCAGAUUUCUACUAUUUAAAAAUUUGAUUAUUCGCUCUUGAUUCCUAGGAGUUGGGAUUUGACUAGGCCUUAUAUUCAUUGUUUAUUUAUUUAUUUAUUUAUUUAUUUAUUUAUUUGUUUGUUUAUUUAUUUAUGGAGUAAUCGAAUUGUUAGAAACAGGAUGUCAGCUGUUAAAACGUAACGAUAUAGUUUUCUUUUGUUGGGGAGGGGGGACGGGGACGGGGGGAGCAAGAGUGGAGAGGGGCAUAAAGCACUGAAAAACCCCUUGGCUUGCGGGAAGGAAAGGUGGUCAAGGUUUCCUAGCAACAAAGGAUAUUCAAUGACAAUGUUUCCACGGCUGUCAAUGAGGAGACACAACUUGGUUCCAACAGCACUUUACUUGACUUGUAUUCGAAAUACAUUUGCAGUAUUGAUUGCUUGCUAAUAUACGAUUUUGCAGGCACAACGUACAAGUUUCUAUUGUUAACUAGCAAGAAAGCUCUGGUAAAAACAAAGGGUAGUGUCAUUAAAGAUGUGUUUGUUAUU